AUGGUGUUUGCAGACCUCCUGGAGCAGGUGGGCAGCACAGGACGCUUCCAGGUCCUGCAUGUGACGCUCCUCUGUCUUCCCCUCCUGAUGGUGGCUAGUCAUAACCUGCUGCAGAACUUUGUGGCCUUGGAGUCUCCUCACCACUGCAGAGCACACUCCAACCUCUCCAGGUCUCAGCUGAACCCAGAUGAGACGCUGCUCAUCACCGUCCCUCUGGAUCCUGUUGGGAAACCUCAGAGAUGUCAGCGGUACGUGAGUCCACAGUGGCACCUUUUGGACAGGAACUGGAGUUUGGCUUCAGACGAGCGUGGUGAGGAUGAGGACGAGCUGGACGUUGUCCUGCAGGGAUGCACAGACGGCUGGUCCUACAACAUGACUGAAAGGACCUCCACUUUCAUAUCUGAGUGGGAUUUGGUGUGUGACCUGCGCUCGUUUAAACAAAUGGGACAAACGAUUUACAUGGGAGGUGUGCUCGUGGGGGCUCUUGUGUUUGGAAGCCUCUCAGACAGAUAUGGUCGACGAAUUCUCCUGAUCGUUUCCUACCUGCUCGUGGCAGUUUCAGGAACGUGCGCUGCUUUCUCCCCCUCCUUCUCCCUCUUCUGCCUGUUCAGGUUUGGUUGUGGGAUGGCUCUGUCUGGCAUCGGCCUCAACACACUCUCACUCACUGUAGAGUGGAUCCCCACUCGUGUGCGGACCUUCUCUGGGAUGCUGUUAGGUUACUGCUACACGUUCGGACAGCUGCUCCUGGCAGCUGUGGCUUACUUCAUCCGAGACUGGAGGUGGUUAACGCUGACCGUGUCUCUGCCCUUCUUCGUCGUCUUCCUCUGCUCAUGGUGGUUACAUGAAUCCCCCAGAUGGUUAGCUUUAAAUAAUAAGCCUGAACACGCCGUCAAGGCUCUGAAAAGUGUGGCCAGGUUUAACGGACGCCAUGAGGAGGGAGAGAAGAUCGAUGUUGAAAUGCUCCAAGAGUCCAUGAAAAAAGAGAUGUCCUGUGCCCAGGGGUCGUACUCUGUCCUUGACCUGUUCCGCACAUCCAAAAUGAGAAUCAUCACCAUCAGCCUCGGUGUUGUUGGGUUUUCAACCAGUUUUGCAUACUAUGGCCUUGCUAUGGACCUUCAGAAGUUUGGUGUGGACAUCUACUUGAUACAAGUGAUCUUUGGAGCUGUGGACAUCCCUGCUAAGGUUGUAAUGACUGGGUGCAUGAGCUUUAUUGGACGUCGGACGUCCCAAAGCGGCGCUCUCAUUAUUGGAGGAAUUCCUAUUUUGAUCAACAUCCUAGUUCCUUAUGAUAAAAACACAAUACGAACCUGUCUGGCUGUGAUUGGUAAAGGUUGUCUUGCUGCUUCUUUCAACUGUUGCUACCUUUACACUGGAGAACUUUAUCCGACCGUCAUUCGUCAAAAAGGCAUGGGAUGGGUGUCCAUGAUGGCACGUAUUGGAUCUAUGUUGGCCCCCAUGGUUCUCAUCAUUGGGGACUACGAACCCUGGCUGCCGAGUUUGAUCUAUGGAGGAGCUCCAAUCCUUUCCGGGGUGGUGGCUAUCUUUCUACCAGAGACCCUUGGCAAACAUCUUCCUGACACGAUUCAAGACGUGGAGGAGAGAGGAACUGGAAAAAGCUUCAAGGUGUCGAUGAAGAAAGUGAUGAUCCUUCAAGAAACUCAGAAAGUGAUGAUCCAUGAAGAAACUCAGUUGACUCUCCUCAAACAGGAGACCAAGGAGGAUCAACCAACUUGCUGAACCAAACGGCGAGUUCAUGCAGAUCAUUUUUAAAACAAAAUACUGGAAGAUUCAUUAAAGUUU